AUAUAAUCAAUCAAGCUAUUCAAAUUAGAGAAUAAGAUCUUUUUUUCUUUAAUAAUAAAAUUUUUUUUAUUGGAAAAGAGCAAAAAAUUGUAAUUUUGCAAAAAUUGAAAAGAGCGCAGGGUGCGAAUGGGACUAGAGUCGCCCCUGUCGAACCGGCAAAAAUUGUAUUGAGCGCCAUCUUGCGACAAGGCGGUUUACUAGAGUGUGAGUAAGUGAAUCAAGUGAAUGUCUGGUAGAUUAAUCUCGCGUGUGAAAUUGCGUCUUUUUAUAAACUAUUUUACAGUUUGUAGAAGUUAUUGAAUAGUUUAGUGAUGUGUUUAUUGUCCCUACGAAUGGAUGAAAUAGACUGGACUUUAUCCAGGGUGAAAUUAGACAAGUGAAUAGAGCAAGGAAAGUCGAGGGGAAAAAGAGGGAAUUUCUUGUUCGAGAAAGAGACAAAAAAAUCGACAUACACUGCGAGAGGAAAAGAGACGUAUUUUUUUCUAAACAAGUAAGGAUAGAGAACAAACAGAACAAUAUCGAGAAUCUACUUUUACUUUUAAAGGUGCAAUUGUUGAGAAUUUAGAAGUGCACAACUUUUUUGAUAAAUUGCCGGAUAAAUACUUUUUUAACCUAAAAAAUACGAAAAGUUGGUACGUGCCAUCGUCCGUGCCUCCUCUCGGCAGAUUGUGGCAACUGCUCCAGCCUCUUCUUUGGCUGAUUUUUCUAAUCUUGUUAGUGUGAAGACACGUGCGCGCCGCUCGAACGCGUCUGACUGUGUUACCUCGACGACGAGUCAUCUUUACUCGGGCUUCACCAAUCUGGUUUGGCCUAAUAAGAUUUUCGGCGAGCGAGGCUUGAUAAAGAGCCGAGUCACAGUCAGGGACGUUAAACAAUUUCUAAGCUUCGGCACCGGCUGUUCGUUCGUGUGUGGGAAGCAGAGCACAGCAGUAGCAAGUAGUAGUAUUUAACAGCAGACGAUUUCCUCUUCACCUUCGGCGAAGUUCAUGGCGGUUGGCUUGAGUGUGUGACACAGUGCAUCGUUCAUAUAUACAAAUAUAGAUAACCUAGUGCGUGGAUACGGAAUAUAUAACACACAGUAGAGGAGAAAAACUGUGUAUGUGUGCGAGAAAGAGGUGUGUGUGAAAAAGAGAGAGAGAGAGAGCGAAAGAGAGUGUGAGAGAGAGAAAGAGAGAAAGUGACAGACAGAAGAGAGAGCGCGCGCGGUGGGUCACACCCAACCGCGCCGGGAGUCGAGUGAACGAAGGCGUACGAGUAAGCGUGUACAGGGUGAGGGACCCAAGGACCACCAGGGUGGUCGACGGGUCACCGGAAUUAACGUCCUGGUCCAAGUGCCAAAGAAGGUGCAACCGGCGAUUUUUAAGCUCGGCUGCACCGAGGAAAACGCGUGUGUGUUUCACCGGUUUUAUUCUCUGCCCCGAGUACAGUGUGUCGGUGUGUCGCUGGCGUCAUCCAGCCCUGUCAGGAGUGUUCCGCCGCAUGUGAAAAAAAGAGGUAGUGAUCGAGGUGAAAAAAGAAAAUAGAAUAUUAAAAAGGUCCAAAAGGAAAAUUGAACAGAAAUUUAGAAAUUAUAAUUGAAAACAAGAAUCACGGAUAAAUAGCAAAAGAGAUAAGGAUCAGAAAUUAUAUAGAAACGACGACGACGACGGGUUCUAAGGUCAGUGGCAGCGCUUUUAUAAAGCAAGCAAAACGGCGACAAGAAGGCGAGACAAAAAAUUGGUGCUUUUCACGUUGGCAAGAUAAUAAAUACGUCGAAGCGACCGCGACGACGACAACGGCAAAGACGACGACGAUCAAGAGUGCCCGCUGGCUGUCGCGCUCGGGCGGCCUACUCUGUCGCUCCCUCCCCCCUCACACACCCUCCUCCCGUCGAGGAGGAUCCCACUGCCCUGAAUCAUGGCGUGUUGCCUGUCGGAAGAGGCCAAGGAACAGAAACGAAUCAACCAGGAGAUUGAACGUCAACUCAGGAGGGAUAAACGUGAUGCCAGGCGGGAACUCAAGCUCCUUUUACUUGGUACUGGUGAGUCGGGCAAGUCGACGUUUAUCAAACAGAUGAGAAUUAUCCACGGUUCCGGAUACUCGGACGAAGAUAAGCGAGGGUUCAUUAAAUUGGUCUUUCAAAAUAUUUUCAUGGCAAUGCAGUCAAUGAUUCGUGCCAUGGACCUCCUGAAAAUCCAGUACGGCGAUUCUUCGAAUAUAGAAAAGGCAGAGCUCGUUCGCGCUGUAGACUUCGAAACUGUAACGACAUUUGAAAGUCCAUAUGUAGAAGCUAUUAAGGAUUUAUGGGCAGAUGCCGGUAUUCAAGAAUGUUACGACCGUAGACGAGAGUACCAACUUACAGACUCGGCUAAAUAUUAUAUUAGUGACCUAGCACGUAUCGAGGCGCCUGAUUAUCUGCCAACCGAGCAAGACAUUCUUCGUGCUCGAGCCCCUACUACAGGCAUUAUAGAAUAUCCAUUUGAUCUGGACUCCAUCAUAUUUAGGAUGGUGGACGUCGGUGGACAGAGAUCAGAAAGAAGAAAAUGGAUCCACUGUUUCGAAAAUGUGACUUCCAUUAUAUUUUUAGUAGCGUUAAGUGAAUACGAUCAAAUUCUGUUUGAAUCUGAAAACGAGAAUCGAAUGGAAGAAAGUAAGGCAUUAUUCAAAACAAUUAUAACAUAUCCCUGGUUUCAACACUCUUCCGUAAUUCUCUUCUUAAAUAAAAAAGAUCUGCUUGAGGAAAAAAUAAUGUAUUCACAUCUUGUCGACUACUUUCCUGAAUAUGAUGGACCACAAAGAGACGCUACAGCAGCUAGAGAAUUCAUACUAAGGAUGUUUGUCGACUUAAAUCCAGAUAGCGAAAAGAUUAUUUAUUCCCACUUCACAUGCGCCACAGAUACGGAAAAUAUAAGAUUCGUGUUUGCGGCCGUGAAGGAUACAAUCCUGCAAUCAAAUUUGAAGGAAUACAAUUUGGUUUAGAAAUUUUCUAUAAAGAAUUCGAAAUGGAUUCGACUGUUUUUUCUGUAAGCCUGAGACCAGAGCAAUGGAGAGCUUGGACUUUGUUUAAAUGAAGAGAAAAGCGAGAGAAGAAUAAAAAUGCGAAAAGAAAGAGUUUAAAAGAGUUUAAAAAACAGAGGGAACGAAGAAAACAAAGUACCGAAAAAAGGGGAAUCACGUGGGAAACAAAUACUGCUCGUGUUGAUUGUUCGACGGCGAAUUAAGUCAUCACAACACGAGUGCACCAAAACUUUAGGUAGAUAGGUUAUGUGCGAUGGAAAUUCCAGCGACAAAAAACAAAAAACAAAAAAAUAGACCUAAAAAUCUUGAGCGUUAUAGGUUCAUUCCUAAAAAACAAAAACAAAAAAAAAUAACCUUUUCAUUGUCGAUACCAACAAACUGAUUUAGUUUCAUACUCUAUUUGUUGAAUUUGUUACCUUUUUAUAGCUUAGCCUAGUCGAUUCGAACUCGGCUGACUGUGAAAUCGCCUGAUUUUUAUAAUAACGAUAAAGAAAAAUAAAAAAAAUAUAAACGAAAAGCAAAAAAACAAAAAACAAAAAAAAAUUAUAAAAACAAAAAAAAUCACGAACAAGUAAACUUUUACGAAGCACAGCGUGAUUUUGUCGCGCUGUGCCCCCAUGUCUGUCCAAAAUGUGUGUUUCAAGACGAACGAUCUCAACGACGAGAACAUUUCCGAGUGAAACAAGAAAAAGGAGGAACAAAAGCUUUUUAAUCACGAGUAGUCGGAGACACAAGUGAGAGCAAUUUUUGUGCCAUUUACUAAUGUGGUGUUUUUAUUGCAGUCCUUUGUUAGAUGCAAAAAGCCAAAGUGUUUUUUUUUCUUUUUUAAUCUGUGCCAGAAACGACUAAGAGUUUUUUCUGCAUGUGACUCAAAUUCACGAUUCAUCGUAUAAAUAUUGUUAUAUAUAAUAUAUAUGAAGAAAAAAAAAUUUGAAAACCUAGAAUAGAGUCCGAAGAAAUACGUCGGCAAAAAAAGCAAACAAGAAAACGCUCCUCAGACCCGUCUUUUACAAUACAGCAAACUAAAAGAAUUAGAAAAACAACAUCUUUUUUGAUGUAAGUUUUUAGGUAAAAAAAAAUGAAUAAAUAAAUAAAAAUAUAUUAUCAGGAGGCGGGAGUAAGCAGGCUUCCCUGCCUCUUUCACCUCCGAAGCCGGUGCUCGGAAUGCGAGGGCUUCACAAACACUUCCCUUAUUAUUAUCUUCAUUAUCAUUCAAUAUUUACAUGUAAAAAAGAAAUUCAGUCCAUUUUUUAAUUCAUCAUUAUUAUUAGAAUCGAAAUCCGCGUUCUUCAAAUCCUUUUUUUCUACGAAAACAAAAAUCGUUUUUUACAAAAACUUCCAAAAAGAAACAAUCGUCUUUGUAGAAAAAAAUAAUAAUAUUCAUUUUAUAAAAAUAUAUUCUGGAAAUUUACAAAACUAGUUUCAGAAGAUAAUUUUGUAUGAAAACUACUUUCUAAAAAUUUUUUUUACGAGAAAAAAAAUAAUUUUGUGGGAAUAUAUUUUCCUAAAAAUCUUUUUGGGUGAUUGUUUUUUUAUAAAAUAUAAUUUGCCGAGAAGAAAAAAAUUCCGAAGGAAUGUAGACAUUUUUUUUUUGACUUGGAAAUUAUAUAAAAAAAUGAUUUUUCGACUAGUCUUUAAGAACUGGAAGAAAAUAUUCCAAAAUAUCUCACUAUACUAGGAAAAACUCUUUCGAAAGUCGUUUCAUUCUUUUUCGAAAAUAUGCGUAAAUAAAAUAUCUUCCAAAAAAAGAAUCCUUUUUAUAGGAAAUUUCUUCCAAAAAAAUCGUUUUUAUACGAAUUUUUCAAAACUUUUUUGUAGAAAAAAACCCGUAACCAAAGCCACUUCUUUUUUUAAACAAUACAAUCUUCCAUAAAGCUUGCAAUGAAUUCGUCUUCUUAAUUCCGAAGAUUCCGAAUUAGCAUUUUGUCUAGAAAAUUAUUCCGUAAUUUUCUCUUGAGAAAAAAUUUGAGGCUUCCUGGUAUUUUUUCUUUCGCUCUUUUUUCGUUAUUUUGAUAGAAAAAAAAGUUCGUUUCGAUUUUGAGAAAAGGAAACUAUGUUAGAAAAAAAAACGAGACGAACUUGAUAUUUAUUUAAUUUAGGAUUUUCACUUGAGGAAAAAAAAGGAAAAAAACAGGAACGCCCACUUGGUUAUAGGAGGAAAAAAACGCGGAGGAGGUAGACUGAUUAAAUACUGAACUAAUCGAUUUUUCUUUACAAUGUGAUACUAGUUAUGGGAGCAUCUAAACGUCCCAGAGAAGACGAGUCUGCAAGGCGUGACAAAAUUGUGAAAAUCAAAAAAAAAAAAAAAAAAUCCGACUCUGUUUUCUUCUUCAAAAUGCGUCUCGCUUUGUGGUUAAAUUUUUUUGUAAAACGCGAGAGUGAAUUUGAAAUCAUUUUUGCGUAUUGCCUUAAUGUGUCUUUUUUACUGGUCCGAGAAAGACUUCUUUUAUUUUAUAUUUAAUAACUGCUGAAACAUUUUUUUGUGGAAAAAAUUUGUACUUUUAAUAGAAGAAUUUUUUCUUUUGAUUUUUUUUAAUGAUAAACAUGUUUUUUACGAGAUAAAAAUGUUUUUGAAUGAUGAAAAUGUUUUUUACGAGAUAAAAAAAUGUUUUUAGGGGGAAAAAAAAGUUUUUUUUUUAUACAAAGGAAACUUUUUUAACACGAGUGAUAUAAAGUUAUAAACUUUUAUAGUUUUGCUUCUGGAGCAAUGAAAAUGUGCAUUUUUAGUUUAUAAUAUUGCGAAGAAUAUUUGUUAUUAAAAUUUUAUUUAUUUUGCUUUGUAAGCUAAUUCUAAAAUUUUUUUGUAAAUGUAUUUUUAAUUUAAUUUUACAUUCUUUUAGGAUUCAAGGGUUUUUUUUUUGCAAAGUUGUUUAUAAGAGGCAACGAUUUCUUUUCUCCUUGAAAACGUGUGAUUUUGUUUUAUUCAAGUUCUUCACUGGGAAAAAAAGUGUAAAUGUUUUUUUUCUACUUCGAGAUAAUUUCAUUUCUCCUGGCUGCAAGACUAACACAAUAACUGUUGGAAUUGAAAUAAACAAAAAAAAAAAAAUAUAAAGCAAUGACAGGAAUUGAAAGUGAGAAUAAAUGAUUAUUUAUCGAAUUUUGAGAGAAAAGUGGCAAAUAUUUAAAAAAGGAUAUAUAUAUAUAUACAAAUGUAGAAUUAGUUUUGUUUCUAUCAGUGUCGGUAUAAAAAAAACAAUGACUUUUUAUACAGUUGUGUUCGAAAUAGAUUUUACAAUAGGCUGAUGACAAGAUUUCAAAUUCACAAUCGUUGAAAAAAUGGCAUUUAAAAAAAAAUUAAAUUAAAAUAAAAUUAGUGAAUAAAUCCGCGAAGCGAACGUCGUAUCCGUUACUCUGUCGAUGUAGCCCUCGCCUGUCGGCACACAAGAGCAUCGCGUAACAAGCGACAGGAAUUUUUUUUUCCUUCUUUUUUUUAUGGCGAAAAAAAUGUUCUUGUUGCUUGCUUGCUCUGUCUCCAUCUUUUUAAACGUAUGAACUGCUCACUGCCUGCGCUCGCUCAUUUUGCUGGGCUAGCGCGCUGCCCAAGUGUGCCAGUGUUUCUUUAGGAAAACAAAAAAAAUUGUCCGCUGAUUUCACCAUCUCUGCAAAAAAUCACUCUCGUUUUUUUACGUAACAAAAAAAAAUUAAACGUCUGACCAUCCGGAGAUGAUGAAUUCAGCCAAAAAUUCUGAAGAACACUAGCAUACUGGAAAACCUAUUUAAAAAAAAGGCAACGCAAAAAUAUAUUUAGCCUUGAAAAUCAAAAAAAAAGAAAGGGAUAAAAAAUUAUAAUAUGUAAUUCUAUACUAUGUGCAAUUGCAUAUUUUCAAGUUGAAUGAAUUUUUGCUCUUCAAAAAAAAGAAAAAUUAACUUUUUUUUUCCUUUUUGGAGAUUUGCCCCUCACACGCACACCGGGCAGCAUUACGUCAUACUUACCUUGGUUGAAUCACUGAGUUUAUAUGGAAGAAUACAAAAUAUAUAAAAUGCAUUGGAUAAAGUAUAAUAAUAAGAGGAUAACAACAAAUAAUAAUGAAUAAUUAUAUUACAGCUUGAAUUUAAGAGUGAGUGUGUGAAAAGAAAAUGGGGUGAUGGAAAAUGUGCAUAUAAUAAUUUCUGAAUGAUCGCCAAAAAACAAAUAAUGUUUGAAUGAGACAACAAAAAUUAAAGAAGCACAAAAAAAAGAAAGAAAAUCAGGCAACGAGUAUAAAAAAAAGUAUGAGAUUCUACAAUAUUUGCGCGAACAUGUGAAUUGAUUUGUAAUUUGUAUGAAUGUGAAUGAAGAAAAAAAAGAAAUUUUUAAUUAAUACACCCAAAAAAAAAAAUUGGGAGAAAAAGAGAGAAAGAGGCGAUGCCUGUUUAUGAAAAAAGUGAAUGAAUGUGAAAAGAAAAAAAACGCAAACUUUGUGGCUAAUACUUGAUUUGUAAAUCAUUUCUUGUCAAAAAGUAACGAGUUUUUUUUCUGAAAGCGUAAAAUAUGUUGGGUAUUCUUUCUGUGUGUAAAAAUGUAAACACCUACAACAAAAAAAAACCCACGAUGAAAUCAAUGUUUCUAACUUAUUUAUAAUAAAUAAUAUACAUUAAUGAUACAAAAAUAAACGCAGUUUUGCGAUUAACAUUAA